CGCACCAGCAGCGCCAAGCGCGUUUGGCGGGACGGCGAUUAGACGGUGGCGUCCGUGGUCUGUGAGUCUAUCUUGUAGUAGUGAACAGUGAAAGAUCCCGUCGAACAAUGGCUGGUGGUAAAGCGGGCAAGGACUCUGGGAAAGCGAAGGCAAAGGCCGUCUCCCGUUCGGCACGGGCUGGCUUGCAGUUUCCCGUCGGAAGGAUCCACAGGCACUUGAAAAACAGAACGACGAGCCAUGGACGUGUCGGGGCUACGGCCGCGGUCUACAGCGCGGCUAUUCUCGAGUACCUGACGGCUGAGGUAUUGGAGUUGGCGGGAAAUGCGUCUAAAGAUUUGAAGGUGAAACGUAUUACCCCAAGACAUCUACAGCUCGCCAUUCGUGGUGACGAAGAGUUGGAUAGUCUCAUUAAGGCAACUAUUGCAGGAGGAGGUGUCAUUCCACAUAUCCACAAAUCGCUUAUCGGCAAGAAGGGAUCACAAAAACCAGCAUAAAUUAGUAACUAGCUUACACGUUUGAAAAGAUAAAAAGAUAAACACAUAAAAAUAAAAAUUAACAGUGACUGUUGAGACAAAGUGUACCUACGUUACUAUAAUGAUGGAGGGACUGGCGUGAUAUAUAUAAAUAAAAAAUAUUGAUAUAAUUUAAUCUAGGUAAUGAGACGAAGGAAGACGAAAGAAUACUAAGCAUGAUGAGCAGGCAGAUAGAGAAGAGAAAUGAUAGCAGCAUUCGUUGGUUGGCGGGCGAUGUGUUGUAGCAUGGCUCGCUUGAUAUUGCAGCCAUUUUUGUGUUUCUUCGACUUCAGAAUAUUUAAUAUAGAAUAGCUUGACUUUAUUUUUUACGUUUUGAAUGAAACUAGUAUUUGAUCUUUCGUAUUAAUCACAUCGUCUCCCUUAGUAAUUGUUUAAAACUGUUCUAUUUUUGUGCAAAUGCAAUUAUCAUUCGUUAAUCUGAAGAAACGAAAGAAUGUGUGUAUUUUUAAACAGAUUAUACUGCGAGGGUUACUUUCAGUAAUGGAAAUUAACACUUAUGUCUUAUGUAAACGUAUCACAUUGUAAGAAAGAGUGUGGGUUUAAUGAAAAAAUUAUAAUUUCCUCUUAGUUUUGUUAUCUAUUUCAGUAGUUGUAUUAGUUAUCGCUCUUUAAAAGUAAUCUGAGCUUUAUCUUGCUGAGGUAUUUGAAAAAAAAUGCUUAUCAUAUUUUGGAAAAAAUGAAUUUGUCUCCUGAGAUAAUUGCGACUAGGUCUGCCCGUACAAUUUUUUGAAAAGUCGUCAGUACUGACGUUUAUUACCGCACAACUGUAAUUGCAAGGAUAGGUUCAAAACUAAAUGGACUGUUUCUAUAAAUAUUCGAGAUAUGCCAAUGUACAUAUUCUUUGGAACUGGUCGUGUAGUUUUCGUACGAACUUUAUUGCAGAAAAUAUUUUCGAUGCAAUUACGUAUACAAAUUGGGUUGUUUCGACCAUCUGAUACAGGUGAAACAGUUGUUUGGAAAGAUUUGAACCGAAUAUUUCUGCUGGUUCAGGCGGCUCUUCAAUUUCUUAGCGGUGUCUUCUGGUUCUGUGAUAGUAAUCGUAAAACCUUGAUCUCUCGUUUAUCGUAUCUAUUUUAAAAGAGAGUUCAUUCCGCCUGACUAAAGGUGUUACGUUUUUCACGAGAAUCGAUGGAAAUUAUGAUUAAACAAAAUUGUUAUAUAUGUAAUAGUUGGGAGAUUGUAUAGUUUAUGCUUCUGAACCAGACAAUUGCAGUGAAAAAAUGAUCAUUCGGUUUAAUUCUAAUAAACGUGUAAUGUGCAUCAGAAUGUUUCGUUGCAUAUCGUCAACACAGUGAAAAUGCUGACGCGAAUGCGCGUACGCGAUUUCCAAUUUUUCGAAAUCGAUAAGUACAUGGUUAAAUAUUUUUGGCUUUGUCCUUACGAUUUUAUUUUAGUUGCGUACCGUAACUUAGCGUUAUUUCCAAUAAUAUUACACCCAACACCAGCCAUAUGUAAAACAUCCAUUUUCACAAUAAAAAUAAAUUUUACUAUUA